AUGGAUGAAACUGAAAAUGUUGUAGUGGAAGAUAAUUCCCGGACACAAGGAAACGAUGACAAUGAAGUAAUGUGCCCCAAAUGGGACGCUACGCAGAAAAGUUCAACGGAUGAACUUGGGUUUCAGACAGAUUUCCAUAUAGGCGACAUUUCCAAGGUUGCGCAUGAAGAAUCUAAUUCGCCGGAGCAUUUUGCAUUAGCAAUAAAAGGUCAUGGAGAAGCAGCUGCAGAGAUGACAUGUUUGCAUUCUGGGAUAAACGAAAACCAAAAUUUGGAUAUUAACGAGUUUGAUGCCACUGGUAAAGAAAAUCAGUGUAGUGAUGGAAGUAGCGCUGGAAACGUAACUGAGUUGACAAAGCAAAGCUCAUCAGAGAUAUCACAAAAUAAGAAUGGGGAAGCCACGCAUGACAAUCCAGAAAUAGCAGAAACGCGAAGUGUUUACAAUGCUGAAAAAUCUCAUUCACAAGGUCCCAAACACUAUGUUCCUCCAGGUUGGGUUUAUCACGGUGAAAGUGACGGGUAUCGCUAUUACAUAGGUUGUGUAGGAGAGAUGUAUUCAGUAGACAGAGAUGGUUACUGGUACAUGCAGGAUAGCAGCGGCAAUUUUAUCCCAUACAACGGUUAUCAGUACAAUCGCGGAGCGCACAGUUCCCUAUUUCCACGUGACAGUCAAGGGCGGUUUAUUUUACCAAUGAAUGCGCGUGGUGAAAAAGCUUUUCCAGUGGAUACAAAUAAUAUGCCAAUUUUUCCGUUCGACACAUCGACUCAUUUGCCUACUUUCCCUGUAGAUGAAAAUGGACAACCUGUAUUUCCAACUGGUGCCCUUGGAAGACCCAUUGUACCGAUCGAUACGAACGGCUUGGCUAUAUUUCCUCGUGAUGCAAAUGGUCGGUUCAUAUUUCCGUCUGGACCGAAUGGCAGGCCCACAGCACCUGUAAACAUCUAUGGUAUCCCAGUAAUGCCGUUGGAUGAACAAGGCAAACCAGUAGUACCAUACGAUGCGAGCGGAACACCCCUCAUUCAUUUGGCCAGUGAUGGUAGUUUUGUUAUCCGUGUUUCUGUGUUUUCUUAUCACAAAAAAUUUCAGCUUAUGUUUAGCCUUUUCAGUCUACGGUUAGUUUGGGCAACCAAAAGCAACAAUCAGAGGAAUGCGGCCAAUGCUACUAUAGCGGCGCGUAUUGCAUCACUACAGUCAUGUUCUGUUCUUCCUUUACUAUGA